AUGCGGAUGUUCAAAGAGAUCAUCAGCGGGCUUGAUGAAGUUUGGUUGGUUUAUAUCCAGGCAUCUAUUCGGGGGAUGAUUGGUGGUGAAACUGAAAGGUCAACAAUCCGCAAGAGGUUCUUCGAAAGGUCAUUUCCCAUUCACGCUACGCCACACAGCUUCGAUCGUAUUGGGCCUGAUCCUCGUACUGUCGAAGACGAUCUGAGCCAUCUUCACGUCCGCAAUCCUAAGCGUUUAUAUGACUCAUGGCUUCAAGCCCUAGAAAAGAUAGAAGUAAGACCACGUGAAGAACGAUACCGAAUUUUACUUGGCUUCAACCCUCGUCGAUCGAUCUGUAACCUCAGGGAUGCCGAGGAUUGGUUACAAUCAGAAAAUAGUGGCUGGACAACAAAGUCUGAAAGCACGUGGUCUUCUCAAGAACCAAAAAUUGAGGGAGUUGCAGCGUCGGAAACCCCAGAAUCUCGGGAUGAAGACAUAGGCAAAGCUGUAAGGCCGGCUUUUGGCUUUUGGCUCUUCCCGGUCGAUGCAUUCUGUGAUGCGAACAAAACUUCAGAGUCAGAGGGUUAUUUCACUACGUUUGAUGUUAGGAAAUACCGGCCUGAGCUGGCGCUUCGUCGACUGAAUGAAGGAGACUUGGGUCGGAAUGUGUCGAAAGAGGUUGAUGCUCACCAUGAAGUUGCCAUCGAACGGCGAUACUUAUACCGCGGACAGACAUCAAAUAAUCCGGUGGAACCAAUAUUGCCAUACAGGAGACGAGCCUAUGGACCGUCGCUUACUUUGGAGGAUGCUUGA